UACCACAUACCCUUAAUGCCUAUUCGUGACCGCCCUGGCCCGUCAUGACUCCUCGAAUGGUACGAGAUUCAACAGUCGCGAUUCAUCUAGGAACCAUAUCUCCGUUCCUCAGUAAUUUCUCUCCUGAUUCCUCUCUAUAGCGACUACAUGUUGCUACACAAUCAUCUGAAGUUGCUGAAAAGAUCACUCGCAUUGAUUGGGACACGAACGCCACAUUCAAAAUGAGCAAAGGCGAUGUAGAAGUCGAUAUUCUCAUUAUUGGGGCUGGGCCGACGGGCCUGGGUGCGGCCAAGCGCCUGAACCAGAUUAACGGGCCCUCAUGGUUGAUUGUGGACGCAAAUGAAACACCUGGCGGUCUGGCUUCUACAGACGUCACACCGGAAGGCUUUCUUUACGAUGUUGGAGGCCAUGUGAUAUUUUCACAUUACAAGUACUUUGACGACUGUAUUGAUGAAGCGCUUCCAAAGGAGGAUGAUUGGUACACUCACGAACGCGUAUCGUAUGUGCGAUGCAAAGACCUUUGGGUCCCAUAUCCCUUUCAAAACAAUAUUUCGGUGCUCCCAAAGGAUGAUCAGGUCAGAUGUAUUAAUGGGAUGAUUGAUGCUGCUAUAGAUGCUCGUGUUGCUGUAAAUAAGCCUGCCAACUUUGAUGAAUGGAUUAUUCGUAUGAUGGGCACUGGCAUUGCCGACCUGUUCAUGCGGCCAUACAACUUCAAGGUCUGGGCGGUUCCAACGACGAAGAUGCAAUGCCAAUGGCUCGGCGAGCGUGUUGCGGCCCCGGAUCUCAAAACAGUCACCAAGAAUGUCAUCCUUCAAAAGGUGGCCGGGAAUUGGGGCCCCAACUCUACCUUCCGAUUCCCUGCUCGCGGUGGAACGGGUGCCAUCUGGAUCGGCGUCGCAAACACGCUGCCGAAGGAGAAGACUCGAUUCGGCUCUCAUGGCAGCGUAAAGAAGGUCGACGCCGCUGCCAAAACUGUGACAAUAUCAAACGGCAGCACGAUUAAAUACAAAAGGCUCAUUAGCACCAUGGCUGUUGAUCAGCUUGUAGAAAGCAUGGCUGAUGAGAGGUUGAUUAAAAUGAGCAAGGACCUCUUCUACUCAUCCACGCACGUUAUCGGAGUUGGGAUUCGAGGCGAAAGACCUGAGAAUAUUGGGGACAAGUGCUGGCUCUACUUCCCCGAAGACGCUUGUCCGUUUUACCGAGCAACGAUCUUCUCGAAUUACUCGCCGGGAAAUCAGCCACUCGCGUCUGUCAAGCUGCGAACAAAGUAUCUUGCAAAUGGUGACGCGCCAGCGUCGACUGAACCGCAGAACGGACCCUACUGGUCUAUCAUGCUUGAGAUUUCAGAGUCGUCUAUGAAACCUGUCGACCAAGAGAAUCUGCUCCGAGACUCGAUUCAAGGGUUGAUAAACACUAAGAUGAUCAAAGAAGAUGAUGCAAUCGUCUCAACCUACCACAGGCGUUUUGACCAUGGCUACCCAACGCCUUCCCUUGAGCGAGAAGGUGUCUUGAAGCAGCUUCUGCCUGCGCUUGAAGCGAAAGGCAUCUACUCCCGUGGGAGAUUUGGAAGUUGGCGAUACGAGGUUGGCAACCAGGACCAUAGCUUUAUGCUUGGUGUUGAAGCUGCCGACCACAUUGUCAACGGCGCGGUCGAGUUGACGCUGAAUUAUCCAGACUUCGUAAAUGGCAGACGCAAUGAAGAGCGCCGCUUGACUGACGGAGCACAACUGUUCAGAAACUCUGCCACUGAUAAAGCAGACGCUGCUGGAGACGCGAAAUUAGUCGACAUCAUGUCGACUAAAGCUGGAUCGAGGCCUGACUUGGGUCCCCUCGCGAACGGCAUCAAUGCUCUGAGAAAUUCGAAAAUUGGAAUUGAUGGCAUUUCGUGCAUGAAUGGUAGUACAUCUGAUGACGCGGCCAAAGAAGCCAUCGCUAAAGAGGUGAUCAGGGAGUUAAGAGGUGCCUGAAAGCAAGGACGGAGUCAUUGCUGUGGAGUUGGGGGUUCAAUGGGGAUACAGGAUAUAAACCUGGUGCAACAUUAACUGGGUAGAGAGACAGGGCCAUAUCCUUGUGCGCUGUUUGGGGCAUUGUCUGGUAUCUGGAGUUGAACGGUAGCUGGUAAAUUGGGGGUUGGUUGGGGUCACAAAAGGGGCGUGUCGGGGUUAAGGGCUAUAUUAGACCGAGUUGUGCUUUUAACAUUUUAACAUGUCUUCAUUAAUGAUAUUCUUGUCAACAAUCUUAGAUCAGACUGCAGUGUAACCUUUU